CCAAAACCGCGGCAACGCUUUAGAGUCGGGGCUUCAGGUUUUAGGACCAAUUGUUUUCUCCGUACAACAAUGGUGGAUCGUUCAGAGAAACCGAACCCUAACCCUAAAUCGACAUUCACGAACCAAAAUCACCGCGAAACAAAGAAAGAGGAGGGGAAGAAGGUGAAAAAGAAGAGUGAUUUCGAGUUCUGCAAGGUCUGUAAGCUGAAUCACAACCAAGGGGCACGUCAUAAGUAUUUCCCUAACCACAAAUCCGCUCUCUCCGCUUUCCUCUAUCGAUUCGAAAAUAAGAUAAACGACGUUCGUUUCUUCUUGAAAAACCCUACCGUUCUUCGACCCGAACACGCCGAUCGCAAUCGAUUUUGGUGCGUCUUCUGCGAUACUGACGUUGACGAGCACAAUAGCUCUUUCGCUUGUGAAAAUGCUAUUAAUCACAUGGCAGACGCUCAUCACCUGAAGAAUUUGAAGCAUUUUCUCUGGCUGUAUGGUGGAAAGAUGGAACAAUUGGACAAAUAUAGGAUACUGGAAACUGAUCUAACUAAAUGGGAAAAGAAGUGCGAGUCUUUGAAGGAUGAAGCAACGGCUGCUCCGAUUGAAGGGUCUUGUGGAGUUGUAUACGGAGCUUCAAAUGAUAUCCACAAUAAUGUGAACUUUAAAAAAACUAAUAAUUGUGGACAAAAUACUCUUAACAGUCUUAAACCAAGUUAUUCAAAUGCUGUUUUGCCUUUACUAUACAAUACAAAUGAGUAUCAGAUAUCUAAUUCAAGUUUCCCUGAAGUUGCAAACUUUGGGUCAAGUUUUAAUGAGACUAACUUUUCUUUGAACGCGGGUGGGCAUUCCAAUGCGAGUUUGUUGAUCUCGGAUGAUUUGACUGCUAAUAACAGUAGCCAACAAAAUCUUCUUUACAACAGUGGAACAUGCUCGGGGAAUGCUUACGUGAGCAAUGUUGGGGUCUGCCAAGUGUAUCAAAGGGCAGGUAUGGUGAAUGAAGAAAGGAGUUCCCAGGGUUCGCAGAUCUUAACUCAAGUCUCUUCCAUUUCAACAAUAGAUGCCGCAGGAAAUGUGCAUUCUGGAGCACCCCCGCCCUGGUUUGAGGCAACUGAUCAAACUUUGUUAAACAAUCAAGCAAAACCAGCUUUAAGUAGCUUUAUGUCAUCAAACAAGUCAUGGAAAUCCCGUAAGUUGAAUCCAAAGAGGGUUGGGGCUGCUUGGGCUGAGAAGCGAAAGAUGGAGCUGGAGAAAGAGAAGCGAGGGGAGAUUGUGGAGAGUGAUUGUGAUGCUAACUGGCUUCCUAAUUUCGGUAGGGUUUGGCAGUCAGGUAGCAGGAAGGAAUCUAGAAAAAGAAUUUGAGAUUGAAAAACAGAAGUUCGUCAAGGUUGAAAGCCACCCUGAGAUGCCACUUAAGAUACAGCCUUAUGUCAGUAAACGGAUG